CCCACAAACAUCGAGAGUUAGCACUGACCUGUGACGGCUUCGUCAGCUCCAUGACUUCUAAUCGCUUACCUACAUGCACCGUCACGGGAAGCGACACGUACCUUGAGCUUCUCGCUCCCUUAUUGAAAGCGCAGACCACCGACAUGGCACUGUACACCAGCACCAUUUCAAUAUUCGCAUACUAUCUUGGUUUGCCAUAUGGGGAAGGGCCGGCCUACUUCUAACCUACCGGCAUUCAAUACGGUCUAGCGAAUGAACGCUUCUCCGAACUCGGACUCCAGACGAUCCCCAGGUGGGCUGCCAAAAGCAUGGAAAGACGAGGGCAAGGGCAUGGCAUCCCCUCAACUGGUUUCGCCUGCAACAUGCAAAACAUUGCCGCUCCCGCGCUCACACGCGCUGCCCAUGCAUACUCCCUCCAGCAAUGAUCGUCGCACAAACCAGAUCCUCGGUCAAUAUUGCUUCAGCGAUCAUCCCAUAUCCUUGCCCAGGAACAGCGCGUCCGCCACGAUCCAACUCGCAACCCAACUGUGGCGCACCUCUAUCCCACUGGGCGACUCCGUGAAGCUGUUCCUGUUUCGCACACUCCUCAAUACGACUUUCAGACCACCGUGCCUCGACUGUAUGCCCACAAUGGCCGAAGAUCACCUCACUGAUGCGUGGCCCUCAUCUCACUUCGGCAUGAGCUCCCCCCAUCCGGAAGCCACCACCGAAUAUCCGCACGUCCCUGCCCAAUCCAACACGGAGGACUCGAACUUUCCACGGAGAGAUUAUGUCCAUCUACCCUAUUGUAUAUCGCCGUUCCUUUGUUAUUUGAAAUCCUUAUCGCACCCCACGAGGUUGACGCCAUCAUGCAUUUCAGGCCUACCCCGCGUUAUUCCGCCUUGGCAAACGGCACGGCGGAAGUGCCCGGAGCAACGCUGAUGCGAGAAGAAUCCUUGCCGCAAAAGCAAUUACACUUACGGGCGCCACGCGGGGAAGAAUUUUCGGGCGGACGCCCCUCGCGGCUUCUGGAAGGUAACGGUGUCCGCCGAUGUCUCUCAUUUCCGAUGUGCUAUCGGCCGGCGACAGUCUUCAAGAACAGUCCGGCUGAAGACGUG